AUGUAUCUUAUCAGGACCGAUGGAUCAUACAGGCUUGAUCGGAUAGAUCCGCGCGAGUGGUGGUCAGAUUCUUUGAAGAAGUAUGGGAUAUUAUCACACACGUGGGCAAGAGACAACGCCGAGGAAGUUUCAUUCCAGGACAUGUCGAACUUGGCAGCUGCGAAACAGAAGUCUGGUUUCGAGAAGCUAGAAGAAACGUGCAAGAAAGCAGCCAGGGAUGGGAUUUCGCACAUCUGGAUCGACACGUGCUGCAUUGACAAGAGCGGACCGCACGAUCAAAUACAGAGUGAAAUUAACUCCAUGUUCCAAUACUACUCACAGGCCGAAGUGUGCUAUGUGUACUUAGCAGACGUGCCUGGGAGCUGUCCUCAGUUGAGGGAUGGCGAUAGACUAAAGGAGACCUUCCCUAAGACGAAGUUGACGUGGAAGCAGCACAUCGAGCGCAGCCGAUGGUUCACACGCGGCUGGACUCUGCAAGAACUCAUUGCUCCCAAGAAAGUUGAAUUCUACAACCGCAGGUGGAGGUGGAUUGGCUCGUUGCGCGGUGCGCUGAUGGAAACGGUCUCGACCGCUACCAGAAUACCGCAUGGCGUGCUGAAAAAGGACCCUAGUUCCUCGCUAGAGGAAUAUACGAUCGCGGAACGGAUGGGAUGGGCUGCGACAAGGAGGACAACGAAAGAAGAAGACAUGGCAUACUGUCUUUUGGGCAUCUUCAACAUCACAAUGGCGACUAUCCCGGGCGAAGGGCUUAGAGCCUUUGAAAGGCUCCAGCUUGAGAUUCUGCGGCGAUCUGCAGACCAUUCCAUUUUCGCGUGGAAUUGGCGAUCCGGCUUCAAGCGCAAACAUGGCGGGAAUGAGUCGCUGCUUGCACCACAGCCAGUCUAUUUCCUUGCCAGCGAACCCAUCGUGCCUAUACGCGAAACACGGGCCAAGACGGUACGCGGCGAGCAUCCGUUCGAGAUGACGAAUCGAGGAUUAGAGAUCCGGCUGCCAGUGCUGAGGGAUGCGACGAAACCUGCUGGCAGCAAAUCGAGGCUCGCCCUCUUGAACUGCGCCUAUCUAAACAAGAAGGGAAAGAAGGAACGUAUAGCCUUGCUUGUGAAGGAAAUCGACGACGGCAAAGCCAGAGACAAAGCACCGGAAUAUGAGGUGUACUUUGAGCCGUACGGGAAGAAAUCCGCCCAAGGCGAGACGGAAUACACAAGGCUGAUCCGAAUGGCGCCAGGAUCAGCGGAGCCAAAUGUAAAGCAAGCGGAUAGAACUAUUAUCUUGCUGAGUGGCUAUCUAUAAUGGAAAGGUGAAGAGUUUCCAGCGGUCAUCGCGGUGUAAAACGCCGUCGGUUCCAGAGGGGAAACAAGUAAUUGUGCUUCUAGCCAGGCCGAAGCUUUCAUAUGGAUUCUCCGGGGUGCUUGAGAUUUGAUAUCGAGCGGAUUUGUCUCUCAAACUUAAAGUGAAAUGAUUG